CCACGCGCAAGGUCUAUACGCUGCACCGCGACUACAUGUACUUGCGCCAGCGCCCGUUUAUCCAGCGGUGGGAGAAAGAACAGGCCGACCUGCUGGCCCAGCGCCUGCCCAGCGUGCCCAAGCACAGACCAUCCUGAGUCCCAUGACGUGGUCACUCCCGUUGAAUCAACAGUACUCUACAUUGGAGCAGGCAGUUCGGGUAUCCUGCCAACAAGUUUUUACGCUGCGCUCCAAUACAUCCCUCUCCUUUCUGUAAUGUCCAAACAACCGCCAGCAAAGAAGCCCGCCAAACUUGUGUCGACGUCGGGCGUCAAAGUACAGCGAUACUUCCCUGGGAAGGCGCCGGAGCUCGACGUUGACCUGUCCGAUGACGACGAGCCGCAGGAGCAGCCGCUGCAGCCGUCCAAAAUCACGAUCCGUGCGCCUGCAGAUGUUUCUGAUGCUGAGUCUGACGACCAGUCGAAGCGGCUGUUGCAGGAGCGGCUGAGGGCACGGCAGAUGGCCGAUGCGGACAGCCAGGAGUCAAGUAGCAGCAGCAGCGAUGAGGAAGACGAGAUCCGGGCGACAGAGGCGCGGCGGCGAGCGGCUAUGCGCCGCCAGACACAGAGCAGCGCUGAGUCCGGUGAGGACGACGAGUCCAGCGGAGAAGACGAAUCUAGUGGGGAAGAUGAGUCCAGCGAAGACGACGGGUAUGCCACCCGCCCGCUAUUCAAGCCGGUCUUUGUGCCUAAAUCGCAGCGUCAGGCACCCGAGGUCAUGCCCGACCCCCACCCAGACGAUGCCGAUCUGCUGGAGAAGAAAAAGCAGGAGCGCCGCCAGGAGUCUGUGCGCCGCGCCGCCGAGCAGGCCAAGCACGACCGGGAGGCACCGGAAAUCGAGACAAACGACAUUUCGGCCAUCGAUGACACUGACGAUCUGGAUCCGGCUGCGGAGUUUGAGGCAUGGAAACUGCGCGAGCUGCUGCGGAUCAAGCGCGACAAGGAGGAGCGGGAGCUGGCGGAUCUGGAGGAGCUAGAGCAGGAGCGACUCAGGAACAUGACUGAGGAGGAGAAGCAGAGGCUGGGGUUGGAGCGGGAGAGGAGGCAGCAGAUUGAGAAGCUUAGGGCCAAGGACGACGAGGUGCGGACCAAGGGCGCCUUUUUCCAGGCCGAGUGAUUAGCCGUAAUCGUCUCUUGGCAUUUGUCAUCGCUGGCCAUAUAACAACCCCUGGGUGGACCGCGAUCUGUUG